AUGUUCCUGCACUUGGAACAUGUGGAAGGAAUGAAUGAGGGAAUGUUCCUGCACUUGGGUCUACAGACCACCCAUCUGCUGAGGGAGACAGACUCAAGUGAGUGUCCCAGCCCCGGACGAGGCAGCGCAGCCAAGAGGAAGAAGAAGCAGCGGCGCAAUCGCACCACGUUCAACAGCAGCCAGCUGCAGGCGCUGGAGCGUGUGUUCGAGCGCACGCACUACCCCGACGCCUUCGUGCGGGAGGAGCUCGCCCGGCGCGUCAACCUCAGCGAGGCACGUGUCCAGGUGUGGUUCCAGAACCGCCGUGCCAAGUUCCGCCGGAAUGAGCGGGCCAUGCUAGCCAACCGAUCCGCCUCACUGCUCAAGUCCUACAGCCAGGAGGCCGCCAUUGAGCAGCCCGUGGCUCCCCGGCCCACCACCCUGAGCCCAGAUUAUCUCUCCUGGACAGCCUCAUCCCCCUAUAGCACGGUGCCACCCUACAGCCCUGGGGGCUCAGGCCAGGCGACCCCCGGGGUCAACAUGGCCAACAGCAUCGCCAGCCUACGUCUCAAGGCCAAGGAGUUCAGCCUGCACCACAGCCAGGUGCCCACCGUGAACUGAUUGAUGCCCAGCCCCUCUGCCCUGGCCCAGCAUCUGGUCUGACAUCAGCAAAAAAGAGGGCUGACACCCAGGAAGUGGCCU